AUGAUGAAGCUUUCUAGUCCUCUUCAAGGAAUUAUUCUGGUUCUCUUUGUCGUGUUAGGCAUAAAUUCAACAUCUGCAACAAGAAACUAUAAUGUGCAGAACUUUGGGGCUAAACCGAAUGGUCGGACAGACUCCACCAAGGCCUUCCUCAUGGCAUGGAAUGCAGCCUGUGGCUCAGCUGACUCAACCCUCAUAAAUGUAUCAAAAGGGCGGUAUUUGCCUGGUUCUAUAGCUUUUAAAGGCCAAUGCAAAAGCCCUCAAAUUACUAUAAAAAUUGAUGGCAUCAUGGUGGCUCCUGCAGAUUAUCGAGUACUAGGCAAAUCUGGCAAUUGGCUUAGCUUUGAAGGCGUCAGCCACGUUUCUAUCAUUUGUGGUGCACCAACUAGCCAAGAAUCAAUGCAAGGGAAUGAGAUUGGAAAAUGUGAAUUUCACAUCUUGAACAAAGCUGCUCAAUCGUCUUGUAGAAUUGCUGUUGGCAAAGCGUCUGAAGUUGUCCCGAAGAGUAAGUGGCAAAUUACGGGGCCAUUGUUGGACGUAAAUUAUAUAUUGUUUCAGAUAUUCUGA